GGCGUGAGGCGGGCGGGCCGGGUUAGGUUCGUUCCGCUCGGUCUCCGUGUUCUGUGCGCCCGUGCCCGCUGUCCGAGGGUCCCGGACACUGAUCCGACCGGACAGACAGCGACAGCAACAGCCCUGAGCGGCGUCCAGAGCCCCACCUCUCUGCUCACACCAGGCCUCGGUGGUUCCAUCAUGGAUGAAACUGUGGCUGAAUACAUCCGAAGAACUGUGCUAAAAAUCCCGAGGGAUGAAAUCAAGAUGAUGCUGGAGAAAUGGGGCUUUCUCUCUGAGGCACAGCUGCAGACUCUAAAUUGCCACCAGAUAAAGGACAGCAUUUCUCAAGAAGUUGUGCAACUCUGUGAGGAAAAUUCUGCAGACAUAAAGCAAGCAGCAGUUCUAGACAUAAUUUACAACCACAUCUACCAAAACAAAAGAAUGUGGAGUGUUUACCAGAUGAAAAAAUCAGGAGAAGAAUUGGAGAAUUUUGACAUAACAGAUUUCAAAAAAAAGUUUAAAAGAAUACUUCGGUCUACCUUGAAAAAUGUCACCAUCACCUUUAAGGAAUAUGAGGAUAAUGCAAUCUGGAUUAGAAUUGCCUGGGGAACACCAUAUAAGAAACCAAACCAGUACAAACCCAGCUAUGUUGUGUACCAUUCACAGACUCCCUAUGUCUUCAUUUCUGCCUCAGUGCUGAAGAGCAACAUGCCUCUGCUGUGUCAGGCCCUGAUUGUUGCUUCCAAUUACCAUGACAUCCGUGAAAUGGAGCUUCGAAGUCAUUCUUUAAACUCCCUUAAAGAUAUUGUGUUUAAGAGAUAUAGCCAGAAUUUCCAAACUUAUACUACUCCUCUGCAAGGAGAGAAUGUAGAACCAGAAAAUGCAGAUAUAAGGAUAGUUCAAGAAAACAGAAGUGAGAAAGAAAGAAUCCACAGACUGAACCAGGGAGAUUUUGGUAGUGGUCCCCAACCAAAACUCGAAUUUGCACAAUACAGGCUUGAAACAAUGUUUAAAAGUGAUCCUAAAAUGGAUGUUUUGGAUAAAAAAGAACCAUUCAGAUGUUUGGUCAAGUUUUCUAGUCCACAUCUUUUAGAAUCCCUGAAAUCCUUGGCACCAGCAGGUAUGGCUGAUGCACCACUUUCACCACUCCUUACAUGCAUACCACAUAAAGCUAGGAAUUAUUUUAAAAUUAGAGAGAAAAAAAGUUUAUUUCCAGAAAGUUUUGUAAGCCCUUAAUUUAAAAAUGAUUCAUAGAGAAGUAUGCAACUCAUUUAUUGUUAGUAUUAAUCUAAAUAGUCAUAAGCUUUAAAAAAAAUAACUUAUUCUUUCUUAAUACCUUAAAGUUUUUUCCAAAUUAUAGCACUUCUUGAAUUAUUUUUCCACAAUUGUCUUUAACAGAAGUUAGCAUUAACUAACAAGAAAAAGCUAGUUGCCAAGUUUAAACAGAGAUGAUGGUUAUUUAAAGUUAAAAUGUGAUGAAUGCUCUUAACUGUACUUUGAAUAGUAUUUGUGAAGUUAAUAAAGACACAAUAAUAGCUGAAGCUAUUCAGUUUGCUGUCAUAGCUGUAGAUGGCUGCAGUAUUCCAGGUGGUGUUUCAUAUUUUGGGCAGAACACCUGCCCUGUUUGGAACAGUGGAACAGUCCCAUGCAAAUGGUUAAGGCUCCCUGGCUGCAGCUCCAGGCAUUUUUUUUUAUCUAAGUAGAUAAAUUGUAUUCUAAGACUAUUUCAGGGCAUGGUGGAGAAUGGACUUUUGGAAUGUAGAUGUCAGUAAGAAGCUUCCAUCCAGCUUUAGGAGGUAUUAAUUCAGCUUCCAAAGUUUUGCUCAGAGUGCAACAGCCAGCAGCAAAUACUUGAAAAUUUGCCUGUUGCAGUUGAUUUCUUAUGACAUUUUAUGUUGGAAGAAUACACUGAAAGAGGCAGUAUUUUCUUUUGAGGAAGGUACGUGUUUUAGAGUAUCUCAAUUAAUAUUUGAUCCCCUCUGACACCUUUGCCCAUUGCCACUGGUUUUUUGCUUGGGGACAAAGAGUAUGGGAUCAAGAUGGCAACAUUCACUAAUGCAAACAGCUUUGCAUUGGAGUUCCUUAAAGUUGGUAAAUAUUGGUAAUUGUAUAGAUAUUUCCUGCUUUGUUUUUUGAGAUUGAUUCGAUCUGAAGAUUCAUUUAGAAUGUACAAGAGUUUGUUAUUAUUCUGUUACCUGGAUUGUUUUGUAUGUACUUGGUGUAUGUAGAAUUCCAAUACACUUUGAAUAUCUCUGUGUGCAGAAGCAGCCAUAUUUCCAGAGGCUGUAUGUGCACGUUCUUUAAACUGUAAAUAAAUUUGUAAAUUAAGUCUUCUCA